UAUAUAUAGGCAACAACGUUUAUAAAAAGAAAGAAAGAAAGAAAGAGAAUCAUCAUUCCUCUGUUUCUUUUUUCUCUUUACAUUUUACACUAUGCUUGUUCAUUGUUUUUGGUUGACUCUAUUGUUCAUUGUUCAAAUGGGUUCGACAGCUCCUACUCUGGAUCGCCGACUUUUAGGGGCACAUCGGUUGCUCAAAGGAGAUAAAAAAAUCAAGACGUUUACUGGUCUAGGUACACAUUACGACGUGGGUUCAGGAUCCUGCGGUGAAUUUGAUACCAAUAGUGAUCUUGUUGUUGCAGUUAACAAGGCACAAAUGCAAAAUGGACCUAAUCCCAACAAAAACCCACAUUGCUAUCAAAUGGUCUCUAUUCGUGGUGAUAUGGGAAAUGUCGUCGCUAAAGUCACAGAUACUUGUCCUGCUUGUGGAGAAGGUUCACUUGACAUGUCACCGAGUGUUUAUGAAAUCGUAUGCGGUACAUUGGCUUCUGGCGUUUGUCAUAUCACUUGGAAUUUCUUGUAGAGUUGCACCCUUUUCUUGUCUUUUUUUUUUUUUUUAUAUUUGUUU